AGAGAGAGAACCAUUAGAGAGAAGGGAAAUCAGAAGCUGAAAGAUAGAAGAGAAAAAGAUAUCGAAUCUGAUAUGGUUUCUAGGGAGCACAAGAGAGCAGCACUUUAUGAGAAGCUGCAACUUCUUCGUUCCAUUACUAACUCUCAUGCUCUAAACCAAACCUCAAUCAUAGUAGACGCAUCAAAGUAUAUUGAAGAGCUAAAACAGAAAGUGGAAAGACUCAAUCAAGACAUUGCGAAUGCAACUUCAAGUCAUGAUCAGAAUCAAUUGCCUGUGCAGGUUACGGUGGAAACCCUAGAUAAAGGGUUUUUGAUAAAUGUGUUUUCCGAAAAGAGCUGCCCCGGUUUGCUUGUUUCUGUACUGGAAGCCUUCGAAGAGUUGGGCCUAAAUGUGCUUGAAGCUAGGGUUUCUUGUGAAGAAAGUUUCAGAUUGCAGGCAGUUGGAGGAGAAAAUGAAGAAGACGGCGAAGGGAUUAAUGCUCAUGCAAUUAAACAAGCAGUUGCAGUGGCUAUUAAGAACUGGAGUGAAACAACCGAACGAGAUUAAUCAAGCUUCGGUUAACAUAUAUAGUAAUGCUCUAUCUAAGUACGUACGUGCCUAGCUAAUUAUAUGUUUCAAUUUGGGAUCAUAAAUUUCCCCGUCUUCUAUUUUUUUGCAUGUGUAGCUAGCCAGCUAGCUAAUCUAAAGCUUGGUUGGCCUGAAUGAUCUUGAUCAAUGAAUCAAGCUUAUAAUUUAAAAAGAUGAAUUAUGCGGUAUAAAUGUUUCAUAUGACAGA